AUGAGGAUUUCAAGACCUCAAUCAAAAACUUCCAAUCAAUCUCUAUUUGUGGCCACCUUUUCACGAGAUCUGUUGAGGGGCCAGAAGAGAGCCCGAAAAGAAACAUCGCUCGUAUUGACGAAAGAAUCCAAGAUAUGGACUCUUAUCAAUAAGCGGCAAACAACUAACAAGGAAUGCAUGUCCACCCCAAAUAUCAAAGUGCCGGGGGACUUGAGCUCAAAAAUGAAAAAAAUUACGACCGACCUGAGGUCUGACGAGGGAGUUCCCCGGGCCAACAUAAGAGAAGUGGGAAAGAGACCGACCGACUAUCCAAAUCGUAGUUAUUGCAAAGACGCGCAAUCUUGA